AUGCUCAGGAUGAAAAGCACAGAAUCUCUGAUUCGAGCUGUGAUUCACCAGUACAACCAGAUCUUUCCGUUCCUGCUGCGGAAACAUGUCCUACCCAUCUACGAGGCUCAUGGAAAGACAAUUUACACGUCCUUCGGCAUUUUGUGGACCAUUCUCGCAUCUGUCUGGGCUGAGCCUGGGCUAGGCCAGUUUUAUUGUGUGCUGGAUGCGUUGGAAGAGUGCGAGGAGAAGUCAAGGGAUGAGCUGCUUAGGCAGAUAGGGUCCACUUUCUCCAUUGUCCAACAGGGUCAGAACGAACUCAUCACCGCCAAUGGGGUCAGAUUGAUUAUAACAAGCCGCCCUUAUGAAAGCAUCCGAGCCAGACUGUUCCCAUUCGCCAUCAUAAGGCUGCGAGCGGAAAGCGAAGAGCUUCACAUUAAUCGUGACAUCACUCGAUAUAUGGAGGAUGAGGUACCAAAGCUGGCCGCUUUGAGACGUUACGAUAAAUCAUUGCAAGAGUGUGUUCGCUCAGCUUUGAUUACAGGGGGGGACGGCAUGUUUCUUUGGGUCUCCUUGAUGAUCGCUAUUCUGGAGAGAACUCCGGCAAAAGUGGUUCGUAAUCGUAUCAAGAGCAUACCACGGGGCAUCGAGAGUGUCUACGACCGCAUUCUGGAAGAGAUCCCUCAUGAGUCGCGAGAGACAGCUUUCAACCUGCUCAUGUGGGUUGCUGUUGCUCGCCGACCACUCCAUCUUGACGAACUCGAAGUUGCUUGCACGGGAACUUGGGGUUCUGAUCCGUUCAUUCAAUCUCAUCCCACAGAGCCCUAUUCACGAGAUGAUAUUUUGGGCGACAUUCAAUUGUGUGGACCGAUCUUGAAGGUACAAUCCGACGACUCCGUCCAUCUUGUUCACCAGACAGCCAAGGAGUACCUUAUCCAAUUGUCAUCAUCGCCCACUCACGUUCCCCACAUUUUUCUGGAAGAAAAGGAUGCUCAUGCUAAAAUUGCAUUGGUCUGCCUUGCCUACCUUGCAUCGGACCCAAACGACGAGCUAAAAGCCUUCAUUGACAAAGUCAAUCCUUGGUAUAGUUGGGCGUGGCACACAGGCGAUCCCUGGAAACGGCUCCAUAGUGCCCUGCCUCUCAUGAGAUACGCGGCUUCCUUCUGGCAAGAUCAUGUACGUCAGUGCUCGUUCGAAAACAGGCAAAUAUUGCAAGCCCUGCACAUUGCACUAGCGGCUGAAUCGUAUGCUCAUAAGUGGCCAAUUUUGCAAAGAAAGGGUUCUUUUCAGCGCCCCUGCCGGCCUUUUGCGGGUUAUACGCCCCUUCACAUCCUUGUACACAAUGAUCUUGAGGCCGUGGCGCUCCGGCACAUGAAAUCAGAAAACUUCUUCGUCAAUGCAGGAUCUACGGGCAGAAUCAGUGUUCUACAGCUUGGCGCGGAGCGUGGCUACUAUGAUAUCAUCGUCAAAUUACUCUCAAACAAUACAGAUAUCAAGCUGAUCCAGCAGGCAGGCUUCGACACGGGUGGGGUUGGCUUCACAGGGCGCGAACCCAAGGCCACUCGCAAGAGUGCUGCUUUGCACCUAGCUGUUCGCAACAAACACACCGAGGUUGCACGACACCUGCUACAUCACGGCGCCAAUGUCAAUGCGACCGAGAUAGAGUUAGAGGUUCAUGGGGGCAAUGGCAAACGUGGUAUCAUUAUCAAGAAUAAAAGAACAGCACUACAUAUAGCUGUUGAUAAUAACCCUCAAGCCUUGAUCAGACUGCUAAUAGAGUGCGGUGCAGAUAUCGAGGCGAUCUGGGAGCACUACGCGCGCUGA